UCCAAGAAUAAACAAAAAUAUGCUUACAAAAGGAUUAGCAACCCGAUCUUUUUCUCAUUCAACAAUGGAGUUAGAACAUUAUUUCCUCUCUCUUACCACUUUUUUGACACUAUUGCUUCUCAUUCUCAUUGUGAAGUACUUACCCAAGAAAACAGCCAAAAACCAAAUUCUAAACUUGCCUCCAGGUCCAUGGAAAUUGCCUCUCAUAGGAAGCAUACACCAUUUAAUUACAAGCCAAUUACCUCACCAUACUCUAAGAGACUUAGCCAAAAAGCACGGUCCAUUAAUGCACUUGCAGCUCGGUGAGAUCUCUACGAUUGUUAUUUCGAGUCCUCGUGUAGCCCAAGAGGUAUUAAAAACUCAAGAUCUUGCGUUCACAAAUCGGCCUGAGCUUUUAAGUAUCAGGAUUUUGUGUUACAACUAUUCGAACAUAGCUUUUGCACCUUAUGGCAAUUACUGGAGACAAAUGCGUAAGUUGUGCACGUUGGAACUAUUGAGUGCCAAGAAGGUGCAAUCAUUUGCCAUUAUUAGGGUGGAAGAAGCAUACAAUCUUGUUGAAUAUGUUAAAUCAAAAUCUGGAUCAACUAUUAAUCUUACAGAAAAGAUGUAUGCUUUGGCAAAUGCUGUAAUUUGUAGAGCUGCAUUUGGGAAGAGGAGAAAAGAAGAAUCAGCAUAUUUCAUGUCUUUGAUAAAGGAAGUCUCUUUAAUGAUAACAGUUUUGGACAUAAGCGAGGUGUUUCCUUCUCUCAAAUUCUUGCAAACCAUUACUGGGACAAGCGCAAAAUUAGUGAAGCUUCACAAGAAGCUUGACAAGAUGCUUGAUAUGAUAAUAGAGGAGCACAAGGAGAAGCUGCAGCAAGUAAACAUGGAACUAAAGGAUGGUGAAGAAGAAUCAAUAAGAAAAGAGGAUUUGGUGAAUUUGCUAUUAAGACUCCAAGAAAGUGGCACUCUUGAAUUUCCCUUCAGUACAGACAAUAUCAAAGCAGUCAUAAUGGUGAGAUUUCUUUAGUAGGGAUUUAUUUUUGGUUACAUAGACUGAGUGU